GUUUUUCGUACCAGGUAUUCAGUUAAAUCACUGAAUUACAGAAACGCGAAAGGAGCUUUCGUCCCACGUUGAUUUAACCGGAUCUCUGGUGUUUUACCAAACUCCUCAGCAGCCGGGCUGAAAGAACGGUUGACAAGAAAAUAACGGGGAUAGAGAGAGAGAGGAGAGGACAAAAAGGGAGAAGCAACGAGACGAAGACUCGCCGCUGAGUCACCGGGACAAAGAACAGUAUAAACCAGCUGAUAGAGGAAGAAAGGGGUCCGAGGAACGUAGCAUGAAAAUAUGGAUUUUAAAAGCCUGGUGUAUCACGCAGCGAGAGACGGAAAGCUCAAACGUCUGAAGGUCUUUUUGGAACUUCGUGGUAAGGAUGAGGUAGGGCAGCUAGUCGGCGCCAAAACCCAUGGCGCCACUCCCCUGGUUAUGGCCUGCAGAAAUGGUCACUACGAUGUCGCAGAGUACCUCAUUGAAAAGUGUGACGCAGACAUCGAGCAGCCUGGAUCAGUAGUAUUCGACGGUGAGACAAUAGAAGGCGCACCACCCCUGUGGUGCGCAGCUGCUGCAGGCCAUUCCGCGUUGGUAAAAUUACUCGUAAGAAGCGGUGCGCAAGUUAAUUCUACUACAAAAACUAAUUCCACCCCCCUAAGAGCAGCGUGCUUUGAUGGACACUACGCCAUCGUUCAAUACCUGGUGCAGAAUGGCGCAGAUAUCGAAGUUGCGAACAGACAUGGUCACACGUGCCUAAUGAUCGCGUGCUACAAAGGGCACAUCAGAAUUGCCAAGUACCUUCUUGCCAUGAACGCCGACGCGAAUCGAAAAUCUGUAAAGGGGAAUACGGCGCUUCACGAUUGCGCCGAGAGCGGAUCUUUAGAAAUAUUGAAAAUGCUAGUGGAACACGGGGCGCGGAUGGAUGUGGAUUCGUACGGAAUGACACCUUUGCUCGCAGCGGCCGUUACAGGUCAUACACACAUAGUCGAGCACCUGAUUGGCAUGCGACAUCUGGUUGGCCGCAAGGAGAGAAUAGACGUUUUAGAACUACUCGGCGCUACUUAUGUCGACAAAAAGAGGGACAUGAUCGGAGCGAUGGAACUUUGGAGAAGAGCGAUGGAGGAAAGGUACUCGGAAGUUCCGACCAUGCCGAAACCAGCACCACCACCUCCUGUAGCGGCGUACGAUUUUGCGCGUGAAAUAACUGAACCGGAAGCACUGGACGAGCUACUGGCUGAUCCAGACGAAACGCGAAUGCAGGCAUUGGUAAUCAGGGAAAGAAUAUUGGGUCCGGCUCAUCCUGACACCAGUUACUACAUACGAUAUCGAGGUGCUAUCUACGCGGACGCUGGGAAGUUCGGACGUUGCAUAGAGCUUUGGAAUUACGCAUUAGAUAUGCAACGGAGUAUCCUCGAACCAUUGAAUCCCAUGACUCAAAGCUCUCUCUUCAGUUUCACGGAGCUUUUCAGUUUCAUGAUAGGCGAGGAGGGCAGACCGACGAGCAGAGGUCGCAGAGUUCCUCCUGUAGAACGAAGCGAACUUGUCAGAGUGUUCAAUAAAGCGGUUCUUGAAGUCAAGUUGGGAAAACAAAUGUUGGAUAAAGUACCAGCGUGCGAGCGUGAUCUGAGUUUUCUCAACCGAGUUCUCGUCAUCACAUUACACCUGGCUUGUUUGCUAACUCACAAAACACCUCCACCAGAUACAGAAGCCCACAGAGAAUUGCACGAAGCUGUAUACGACUUGGUCAGAAUAAACGCAAAGGGUAAACAGGGCAGAGACGCUUUGCAACUGGCAUGCAGCAGAGACGCAACAGUGAUCGGGCGAUACCGAGCUUGCGAAUUUCCAUCUCCACAUUUGGCAAAAGCCUUGAUAACGACGGGCGCCGAUGUUAUGGCUCGCGAUGUCGACGGAAAUACGGCGCUUCACCUUGCCGCAUUGUCUCAUCCAUGUCCACCAGCGUUGGCGAGGACGUUACUUGAUGCCGGUGCUCAUUUGGAUGCUGUGAAUGGUGAAGGAAAGACUUUAGAGAUGUUGCUGAAAGAUCAAAGUAUUUACGAUGUUGUAGAACCGCUAAAAUACACGACACUCGCGUGUUUAGCGGCCAGAGUUAUAAGACGGACCCAUAAAAGUCCCCAAGUACCUAAACAUUUACAGGCUUUUGUCGCGAUGCACUAACAAAUAGAAAUACCAUAGAAGUUGUCUCGUUCAAAAUGUGCUAAAAACUGUUUACAACGAUCUGUUUCAAGAGACCAGAAUUGUACUGGGAAGAAAUAUACGAUUUAGUUGAUAGUGAUUCUAGGCGAAUGAAAACCAUAUCUUUUGGCUAAUCAAGAGUAAACAAUAGUAGUUCAAAUAAUAAACAGUCCGUUGUCGCACAAACGCGCAGUUAUUACUCUGGGUGGUGUUAUCAAAGUCAGAUAUACAACUGAUCACAUGCCAGUUAUCAGUUGUAACGUUCCACUCAACCAGACGAGACAAUUUCUCUGGUAUAAGCAUUGAGGCACUAUCGACUACUUGAUUCCUUACCCUGACAGAUCGUAAUUGCAUAAAGAAAGGAAGAGUGCUGUACUGAGAAAUCCGUCGAUUAAAUACAAACUUUUUAGUAUGGUAAGCUUGGCAACUCGCAAUUUGCUUAUACAUGAAACCCUAGACACGCCAUACUAUGAAUUCUUCAUCACUUCUGUCAUCAUUUGAAAAAAUGAUACAGAA